UCAAGUGUUAGAAUACAGAGCAAAUAGUACAAACGGGAAGCCUAAAUACUUUGCAAUUUUGCUUUGAGUACAGAAAAAGACGUUGCUGUGUGGCUAUGAAAAAGUAGGAAUAUGUGGUAUGAAAAUAUUUAUCAAAGAAAGUUAAUGUGACUGGACCUGAGUGUAGCCUAUAUGUGUGAAAGAUUGUAUUGUCAUUGUUAGACAUGUGCCGAUUACCGGUUUCAAGGUAUACUGUGGUAUGAAAACGUCAUGGUUUCAAAAUCGCAAAAAUGUUCUGUCAUACCGUCCCUACGGUAAUAGCUAUUUUUUAUGUCCCAAAAAUGCAGGGAGAAAUCCCUUGCUUGUAGCUGCAAGGCUUAACCCUCCCCCAUCGGUGCUUGCCCAGUGUUAGUGAGUCAGCUGUGCUACACGAUGGCUGGAGGAGGUGAAACUCAUGAAGUUUUUCCCCCCAUUGAAGAAAACGAAAUCGCUCGUUUGGGAAUACUUCAGCUAAAGAAAAAUUACAGACUGCCGCGGCUGAGAGGAGGAGGGCCAAAGGACAUGUAAAAUAUGUUUGCGGAGGGUGGAUGCUGAGGAGGCAAUGCCUCUAAUAUGAUUUCGCAUUUAUACAAAAUUAAAGGUUACUAAACACUGUCAUGAACGUUUUCCACCAGCUUUGAGUGUUAACUCCAGCGGGAUUAGUGUGUCUAGCGGUGGUAAAAUGUGUUGUUUUUUUCUCUCUGGUAACUGUUGAAAAAGAGAGUGUGUAUAUUGUACGCAAUCAUACACAUACUUUUUAUGGAAAAAAUUCAGUUAUUUAUGUUCUGAUGAUAAUAAUGUUGAGCUGUGGCUGUGGGUUUACGCUCACCUAAAGAAAUGCAUUUAUUUUCAUUAUAUUUAGAUUUUUUUUUUUUUUUUAACAUUAUACUUUUUUUUCCAAUUUGCUAUUGUUUUGAAAAAUAAAAGUCCUGUUUAAUGGGGAUGUUUUUUUUAAACCCAUAUAUCUCAAAGUAACGCAUUUCAGAGCUGUAAUUUCAGUAUCUUGAUACUAUGAAACAGUGAUAUUUUUUGCUUAAAGUGCCUGUGACACGAAAAAACAUGUUUAUUCCAUAAUACACGCAGUAUUUUAUGCCCCUGAAUGAUAUGGGCCGCUUGGAUGUGUGUGGAAGCGAUCGCUAUUUUUAUUUAGUUUUUUUAAUCCCGCGCCACGAAAAUGAGUGACUUCCGGCUUCGGGCUUGCAUUGAGGAGGAGGGCGCUGUGACGUGUACGGUAGAAGACGUCCUCUUCACGCUACAGUGUACUGUUGUGUAUGAGGACGAAGGAUUCAGCUGAUUUUGCGGAUUAAUACGUUUAUUUUUCACAUCACGCCAGCCAAACGGCUGCAGAAAAAUCAUUCUGUAUAAGGGAGAGGCGUAUGCGCUUUUUUGGAGUUUCAAAAGGUUCCCAUUCACCGUGGAUAUUUACUGUGGGACCAUUGGAUUUACGAGGAAAGCUGCGGGCAGGCAGAGUAAAAGAAGAGAGUGGGGCAGAAGCCAGGAUGCUGGGUUUCUGGAGUAUCUUGGUUCUCUCGAUAUUCGCAGGACUCAGUUGCUGCUUCUUCUCAUGGACUCUGAUCUACCUCAACUCCUACAAGCCAGGCACGGUGCCACCAACACUGCUUACACUACUGUGCAGAGACAAAAACAACAAAGAUUUGCUCUUGGAUUACGGUGUUGCUGUUCUUAAUGGCUCCAUGGCAACACUUGCAGUCAUCUGGAACUUGAUAUAACUGUCAGAUUAUUGUGGUGAUCAAGAAAUACAUCAACCCUAGCACUGCAUGUAAAACAUUUUUUUAACAAAUUAAUGAUUUUGUUGAAUUAUAUUCUUUCAACCAAAUCAUAGUGUACCCUGCCUACUGCCAAUAUUUAUCUGGGCUAAGCUCCAGCACCGUCACAAUCCUCGUGAGGAUUAAGUGGCACAAAAUAUGAAUGUUUAUUCUUUCGUUCAUACAAAAGUUUGAAUUCCCUGACGAAUCAAAAAAAUAAUUUGCAUUUACCUCAUUCCAGCAUGUAUUUUUGUGUGGUAUUCUUCAAAAUGCAAAACCUACAUUCAUGUAGACUUUUAUUGAUCAACAGCAACAUAACAUUUAAAAGCAGUAUUGCAGUGGAAUUUUUAAAAAAUAUUGUUACUAAAGCAAAGUUAAAAAAAAUACAGUAACCGAAAAUCCAUUUUCCUUUCAUUGCCAUAUUUUCUGAACUUGAUUGUCACACGUUCACAUCCACACAUAGUUCAACACUCUCAACCACACACUUACAUAAGCCUAUUACAGUACAAUACAGAAUGUAACAUUCACCAAAUAUACAGUAGUACAAGCUGUUUGGCUGUGACUUGUGAUUUCAGGCACACAAAUGAAUGUUCAUAUGAAGAAUGUGCGGAAAGACAUGGAAGUGCACACGGUAUUGCGUUCAAGUCUAAGGCCUCAAAUUCAUAGAAAGUUGUACUAUACAUAUAGCAUUAUUUAAUGCAUCAGUGCAGUGAGUUAAAUACUGGAACUCAUGAUAGCGGGGGGGGGGGUUGGGAGUGGAAGGAGUGCUAAGUUAAAUGUAAACUCACAAAAAAACAAGAUCAUCAGUAUGCUUAGAGCAAGGCUGCUGCAUUUGUGAACAGAUGCUGUAUAAAAAAAAAACAAAAAACAAAAAAAAACAGUCCCAUCACAAUGUCGAUGUCAUGACAUUUCCGUGUCUUCUGGGCUUCUGGACAGAGCCUCCUGUUCAGAAUGCCGCCGAGUGACCACUUUGAAAAGCGCGGCCAACAGGAACACAGCAGAGAUGACAGCAAAGUAGCCGCAGUAGACGUAGAACUGACGGAGGAACACAUGUCAACAACAAUGCAGGAAUGUCCUUUUUGUCAGAGUCAAUCUGACCAAAACCAUUUAAGUAUGUGUAUGCAUAGUGCAUUAACCAAAGUCAUCCAAUACAACAAAGUGCUGUCAAAUAGGUAAAUACGUAAUUGGCCAAACUAAAGUCAUAAAAACAAUGCUUUUCACAAUCCUAUUGAAACACUUGACAUUGUUAAAGUGUACCUAAAAUGUUGUCAUUUAGUAAGAAUGAAUUAGUUUUUCACCUGAGUGAAGAUGUCCAAGCCCAGGACGGCUGAGUCCACCACCACCAGAGUGAGCAGAGACUGCAGCAGCAGAGCCACGAAAGUGUUGACACCGAAUACCAAGGCAUAACGCUGCAUGUUGAGGCUGGAAGCUAUUUGAUAUCUGCCAGAGGAAAUAUUGUAUCAGAACACUACUGUGUUCAAGGAGAUACAGUAUUUGAUGUAAUGUCAUAAACAUAUUGUAUCUGUACCAUUCAUUAAUUUUCCGAGCCACAGUUUGCAAAAUAUGGCAAUGAGCAUUCAGUAACAGCAGCGUGAACCACCACUUGUUGGUUCUUGAUUAAAGAUUUCACUAAUUUAAAAAAAAAAAAAAUGCGUCACCUACAGUGCUGGCACCCCUGCAAUUCUGUAGGAUAAUACUCUUUCUCCCAGAAAAUGAUUGAAAUUACAAAUGCUUUGGUGGUAAUAUCUUCAUUUAUUUUAAUUGCAAUGAAAAAACACAAAAGAGAAUGAAAAGAAAAAAAAUUAAAAUAAUAAAGGAACACGGUCCCCACAGUCAAACAUGGCGGAGGUUCCCUGAUGUUUUAGGGUCGCUUUGCUAACUCUGGCACUGGACUGCUUGACCGUGUGCAUGGCAUUAGGAAGUCUGAAGACUACAACAAAUUUUGCAGCAUAAUGUAGGGCCCAGUGUGAGAAAGCUUGGUCACCCUCAGAGGUCACGGGUCUUCCAGCAGGACAAUGACCCAAAACACACUUUAAAGAGCACUACAAAAUGGUUUGAGAGAGAGCACUGGAGACUUCAAAAGUGGCCAGCAAUGACUCCAGACCUGAAUCCCAUAGAACAUCUGUGGAGAGAUCUGAAAAUGGCAGUUUGGAGAAAGGUUGUGCUACCAAAUAUUAGGCUGAGGGUGCAAAUACUUUUGUCCAGUCCAUUUUUGGACUUCUCUGUAAAAUGAUC